GCGCUCCUGUCGUUUGUAUAUGACGUCACUGUAUUCCCUAUUUCACGUGUUGUCUGCUACCACAACACAUGGGACAUUUUAGCUCAUUAUUGCACUGAUGUUAACUUUUUAUCCCCAGAAACUGGUGAACUAAGUCAGCGAAAAGCAUGUCCUCCAGCUGUCGACGGCCGGAACACUCGGCUCCUCCAGAUGUGUUCUACAAUGAAGAGGAGGCCAAGAAAUACUCCCAGAACUCUCGUAUGAUUGAGAUUCAGACUCAGAUGUCGGAGAGAGCCGUAGAGCUUUUGAACCUACCAGAGGGACAGCCAUGCUUCCUGCUAGAUGUGGGGUGUGGCUCAGGGCUCAGUGGAGACUACCUGUCAGAGGAAGGACACUACUGGGUUGGAGUCGACAUCAGCACUGCGAUGUUGGAUGUUGCACUGGACAGAGAAGUAGACGGAGACCUUUUAGUGGGCGACAUGGGCCAAGGGAUGCCUUUCCGACCAGGCACCUUCGACGGUUGUAUCAGUAUCUCUGCCCUGCAGUGGCUCUGCAAUGCUGACAAAAGGUCACAUAGUCCUCCAAAGAGACUCUAUACCUUCUUUACUACUCUGUACUCUUCUCUGUCAAGAGGCUCACGUGCUGUUUUUCAGCUUUAUCCAGAGAACUCAGAACAGCUUGAGCUGAUCACGUCGCAGGCCAUGAGGGCAGGCUUCAGCGGAGGCAUGGUGGUGGACUACCCCAACAGCAGCAAGGCUAAAAAGUUCUUCCUGUGUUUGUUUGCUGGAGUAACAGGAGUCCUUCCCAAAGGUUUGGGAUCAGAAACUUCAGACAGAGCUGUUUCAAACCAGGUCCAGUAUUCAGGACAAAGAUGCCGUUUCAAAAACAUGAAGGGGAAAUCGUUGAAGAAGGGACGAGAUUGGAUCAUGGAGAAAAAGGAGAGGAGGAGGAGACAAGGACGGGAGGUUCGAGCCGACACAAAAUACACCGGACGUCAGAGAAGACCUCACUUCUAGCUCUGACUCAUGCAGCUGUACCUUCAUUAGCUCUCGUCUAUACCUCACCCGCACACAAGCACCUCUGGAACUGCAGUGUGUUUGGACUCAAUUCAUUUUGCAGCUCUUCAAUUCAAGUGGAUGAGACUCAAGAGCGAAAUGCUAUUAUGGCCAAUCGUUUUUAUAUUUGGUCGAGUGUUUGGCAAUUUCUCUCCCAACAAAUGGUGGUGAGGAUGGAAGGUACCAAGUGCAUGAACAGACAUCUGUACUGCCCACUGUUGGCACAAAACACAGUGGAGACAGAGGUGGCACCACAAUGUCACAGAAUUAAAUUAUGAGUGAUCAAAUGAAUCUCUGAUCAGCUGCUUAUUGUAUUAUCUGCAAUAUUUUCACAAUUAAAACUAAACAAAAAUAGAAA